UAAGCUUGUUGGUAAUGUUGAUAUGAUUUUUAAGUAUUUUCUAGCCUUUUUGUAUGAGUAAUGUUCCCUUUGUUUUUGUUUUUUUGUUUGUUUUGUUUUGUUUUGUUUUUUUAAUAUUAAAUCAUCUAGAUGUUUAUUCUUCCCAAAUAAGUUGCGCUUGGUGGUGCAUAAGUUAGCAUCUUCUUUUUAUUCCUAUUUUUUCUCUAUUCAGUGCUUUUAAUUCAAACCACAUGAUAAGGGCAAGUAGGAUAAUUAGAUCUAUGGUUAGUUGCAUGCCACUGACUCCAAGGCAGGAAGAGCACAAGAGGAAGCCGUUACCUCUAGCAUCAACAUUUCAUUGUUGUAACCCUCAGAUAGAGGCUGAGUUUUAAAAAUUAGUGACUUGUGCCACUGAGCAUCAACUGUUUUGGGUUGUGUAAAAAGGAUUUCCUCUAUAGGGCUAUAAAUCUUGUAGCCUACAGCAUCAUGACUGGAUUUUUUUGUACUCCCAUAUAACCUAAAAUAGCUCUUGGUCAAAAGACUGGAUUUAUCAAUCAAACACAAUUGAAUUUGAAUUGUAUUGAGUUGUGAAUUUUUUGUCCCAUUGUAUAUUGUUUGAAAGUAUUGGAAAAAAAUAUUGUGUAACCAGAGAAUGAAAUCUUGUGCAAACAGUCUUCUUGGUGCCCUAAAACAUGAAUAUGUGAUGAAGCUGGAACAGUAUUUGGCACUAAUUAAGACAGUAUGAUGUUGUAACUGUUUUUAUUGGCAGAUCACAUGAUAUUUGACAUUGGAAGAGGAUGUCACUCUUUCAAAAAUGUGGCCACACAAAAAGCAUUUCCCCUCUUGUUGCUUUUUGCAUACAUUUCCACAUUGCCCUUUGUACAACAUUCACAGACAAUCUCAAAUAAACAUACUCUGAGUUCAGAUUGUAGCAAAGGAAAUGUUAAGUUGUGGUUGCUCAUGGGUAUCCUUUUCCUCAGAUUGACCCCCAGCAGGCGACUGCAGCCCACACCGCGCAUCCUUCCUUUUGAAAUGGUAAUGUCACUGCCGUGGCACCAAACGAGUUAAGCGUGUCUCCUCCCUCUGUGCUGGCCAGACGCUGACGAGCUCAGGUGAUAGUUCAUCGUGCGAACUCACAGUGCAGACCCCGGGUAGCUCGCAGCAUCACAGAUGUGGGUGGGGUCGUUUUGAUGCGCAACCAGCGAGUAACGUGCUCCACACAGCUAAUCCCAAAGUCCAUUUAAACUUGAGUGAGACCAAAUACCUUGCGGAAGGAGAGAAACGUGACGAGUGCUUUUUUUUUUUUAGCCAGGAAUUAUACGCUACUCAUACACAGAGUGGUGUAAAGACGAACAAUCCUGACUGGACAGAUACUGAAUGUGCACGGGGUGAGGGGCCGAGCAUCUCAACUCCUCAGUCGUGAGUAGGACCUUCAUUUUAAACUAAGACGAGCUACACAAUUUCAUUCCAGUAUCUCUGUGCAUUUCGUUAAUUUAUCCUCCAUCAUCAUGGCAUGGCCGUGCAUUACGCGUGCUUGCUGCAUCAACCGUUUCUGGAGCGAGUUGGACAAAGCGGACAUCGCGGUGCCUUUGGUUUUCACGAAAUACUCGGAUGUGGCCGACGUGCAGCAUCUCCACCAUCACCCUCAGCCUAAACAGAAGAGGGCCGGUGCCAUUGCCAUAGAAACCCAGCCUCAUCUCGGCGAGCAGGAGGCUGUGAAGGCACCGCCCGCGACGGGUGCCGCAGCGGUCAAAGAUGGCUCUACUGCGUCCGUCAUGCGCCAAGACUUCAAGGCGUGGAAAGUGCGUCCCGAGCCCAGCUGCAAGCCCAGGAAUGAGUACCAGCCGUCCGUCACCCCAUUCAACAACGAAACCCAGUACCAGAAGGAUUAUAAGCCCUGGCCUAUACCGAGGAAGGGAGACCACCCCUGGAUCCCCAAGCCCGGCUCCGCCGCCUCCAGCGGGCGAGACGGGAGCGCAGCGAGCAACAAGCUGGAGCAUGCGGCGAGCGAGGCCGAGAGCGGCGUGGAGAAGAGUGAGAUCGAGGAGAAAGUGCAGGAGAAGGAGUCGAAAGAGGUGACGAAGAAAGCGACGAAGAAGGAAAAGUCGGUGGAGAAAAAAACUACCGAGAAGAUGAAGGAAAAGUCGCCUGGAGAUGCCAGCAGCUUGGAGAGGAAAGGGAGAGCAGCGGCAGACGCUCUCAACCAGCAGAUUAAGGAGGUUGUGACGACUGGCAGCAGCUACAGGAACGAAUUCAAGGCCUACAAGGAUGUGAAACCAGUGAAGCCCAUUAAAGCCCCGUCGCAGUAUAAGCCCCCCGUGGAGGAGACCAGCCUGGAGACCAGCUACAGCGCCACAUUCAAGGGAGAGCAGGCCAAGGCGCACCCCACUGACAACAAGCUGAUGGAGCGCAGGAGGAUACGCAGCCUGUACAGCGAGCCUGGCAAGGAGCCCCCCAAGGUGGAUAAGCCAGUGUCACGCUCCAAACCAAAAAAGACACCAACAACAACAGGGAAGAUGGUGAAAAAAGCAAAAGAGAAGCAAAUUGCUGGUUCCCAGUCAGCCAAGAAGAAACCUUCCUCAAGCAGCGCAGAGCCCAAGCCAGAAGGAGGCAUCACGAAGAAGAGCAAAGAGAUCUCCAACAGACUGGCUGAGGCAAAGCAGUAAAAAAAUUACAUCUCUGCACUAUGAUCUUUUCUGAGGGAAUAAAAGGCUGCUUAAGGAAUUAGGCGAUUCUUAUUCCUUUCUCCUUAUCUGUUGUUUUUGCUGUCUUUAUUUACUGUUCACCUCUGGAUGGGCACUGAUGUUGAGCGCUUAGGUUAUUGCAAAUUUCCACAUAAUAUUUUCACUUCUAACAGUGUGUACGUGUGUGUGAAUGUGCGUGCGUGUAUGUGUUUUGGAGCAUAUAUCUGCUUUCUCUAUAUUACUGAGCACAUAAUUUGCACAUUAUUAAGUUCAUUUUGAAGUCAAACUAUGAACCGUAGAGCCAUCGGUACACAUGCUGUAUGUGUAUGAAAGGGCAUUUUUAACCUUUUUCUGAAUGGAUAUCUCCUGACCAUUAUUGUAAUGAUUGUCGGAAAUGUCAAGGGAUUCUUUUUUUCUCCGAGAUUGUAUCAAAUAUGAGGUCUCUCUCGAAGAUAUGAAAUCUGCAUUAUGGUUGUAUUUCCUGGUUACAGUGCCUCUGCUGUAUAGUCCUGGUUUUCAUUUCGUUGUUCUGGAUGAUAUCUGGUUUCAUCAGUUUGGUUGCUAAGAAACCAAAUGAACUGUAAUAUAAUUGCUACAGCUUGCAUGCAAGACGCCAUUUUUGGUCGAGUAGUAGCAAACAUUGUAGUAGGACACAUGAGUCACAGUCACAUUCCAGCUUGUUAAGUAAGGCAUUCAAAAUAAAUUUAUAGGGGCGAGACACUUCCAAAUAUAAUGCAUGUGUAGUGAUAGACUUUGAUCACACCAUUUAAAAAACAACAACAACAACAACAACAAAUGAAUAGACUUUUACAAAGACACACAAAUAAAACCCUAGUCUAGUGGCUGUACAAGCUAUCAAGUAAACCCACCAGCAAAACGGUUCUACCAACAAACAUGUUCCUAGCAGCCUGUGAACCAGGAGUGACUAUGUCCGCUUUCCACUCUUUUGAGUUACUAGGCAUACUGUAGUUUUGAUGAUAACACAGUAUUUCGUGGCAUAGUGCCCCAUCUUCUUCACCAAGCUGUAACGUAGUGAGCUGUAGGUGUGCUAAAUAAUAAAAUAAUUAUUCAUAUAGGCCUGACAUAGGAGAAGAACCUAUUGUAUUUACUUGAUGACCUUCACUUUCAAUGGGCUGAUCACUCCAGGUGUUAAAGGACAAGGAAUGGGCCAGGACUUGAAGUUUAACUGCUGCUGUCUGACAAUACUCGAAUCUCAUGUGAUCGUAGUGAGUGUGAGAUGAGCUGUUGUCGCCAACAGCAUCUCAGCCUUCCUUUCUAUGGUUGUGUACACGGUCCUCUACCAUGUUACCUUUAGCGGCCCGGUUGGCCACUGUGUGUGAGAGCCCAGUCAAGUACUAGCCACCCUGGGUCUGCUUCCUGUCCACGUCAAAGCUUCUGUAUAUGUGUGUGUUUGAGUGUGAGUGUGUGUGCGCAUGUGU